GGAUGCCAAGAGUUUCGGGAAAGCAUCAUCCACGGCCGACCGGCGAAGCGCACGCAGACAAGUAACGUUAUCGAGGGAAUUGCGCCACCGCACCGCCCGAUCCGCUCAAUUGAUCCAAGUCCUGCUCCUCGUCCGUCCACCAUGGGUUCUGCCUCGUCCAAGCCCUCAGAUUCUGUCCCACAGGUGUGGAGGGGGUCCUCCCAGACCGGGGUGUCGCAGAACCUAGUCGAAGCCCUCGAGGCCAGCAAUGAGACCAACAUUUCCCGCCUCCAAUCGCUCGAGCUCCAUAUCCAGGAGCGCGUUACCGCCGAGCUGAGGCGCCUCCGCGAGCAGGAAGCCGAGUCCCUGCGCGCGGCGCAGCAAAAGCUCUCGGCCGAGCCCGCCGCCGACCAGGAGCAGGGGAGCGAGCAGCAGCGGCAGCUCGGCGGGCCCAGCAGGCACGAGGUCGCCAAGGCGAUCCAGGACCUGCGGGCCAAGCUCGAGGAGAGGAAGAAGGUGCGGCAGCUGCCAGAGAGCGUGGAGAGCGCAAAGAACGACGUGGUGCGGUGCCUGCGCGAGAACGACCGGCGGCCGCUCGACUGCUGGCGUGAGGUGGAGGCCUUCAAGGAGGAGGUCAGGAAGCUAGAAAAGGGCUGGGUUGAUAAGGUCGUCAGCUAGAGAAGGGGAUCGAUGGGAACGAUGGGUGUGAUGGUUUUGUGGCUGGAGGAUAUCAUUUUACCCCAGGCCGCUAUUGUAUACCAGUGAGAUGAUAUUGCGCAUGGAUUAGGGGCCAAAGGGAGAAG